GAUGAUUACUUGAACGUCAUAAGAAUUGCCGGAGAUAAGUGCAAGCGUUAUCUGACCGCUUCAGUGUUCGCUAAGCUUCAAUCAGUUAGUGGAUUUCCAGGACGCGUCAGCAUCAUGUCGUUGUUCAACUAUACCAUGAGGAAGGUCUGGCUACAACAAACUCGAAUUGGCCUUUCGUUGUACGACUACACUGGACAAGGAUACCUUAGGGAAUCGGACAUGGAAUCGUACAUUAUGGAACUGAUUCCCACACUGCCACAACUGGAAGGACUAGAACGGUCGUUUCACAGUUUCUAUGUGUGCACGGCCGUUCGAAAAUUUUUCUUUUUCCUGGAUCCGCUGCGAACCGGCAAAAUUCGCAUUCGAGACAUCUUAUCGUGCAGUUUCCUCGAUGAUUUGCUGGAGUUACGGGAUGAUGAGUCGCCAAAGGAUUCACAAGAAUUGAACUGGUUCUCAGCACCGUCAGCGUUGAGUGUGUACGGACAUUAUUUGAAUUUGGACAAGGACCAUAACGGUAUGCUUAGCAAAUCGGAACUUUCCGGAUACGGCAGUGGAACUCUGACAUCCGUCUUCUUAGAUCGUGUGUUCUCCGAAUGUCAUACAUACGACGGUGAGAUGGACUACAAAACGUAUCUGGAUUUCGUACUGUGCCUGGAAAAUCGUCAAGAGCCUCAAAGUUUACAUUACUUGUUCAGGUUGGUAGACUUUGAGCACAAGGGAUACUUGACGUCGUUUACGUUGAACUAUUUCUUCAAGGGAAUACAGGAACAGAUUCUGGCACAUCGAGCGGAAAAAGUGAAUUUCCAAGAUGUCAAGGACGAGAUUUUUGACAUGAUCGGUCGACCGGCCGAUCCGUUGCGCAUUACGUUGAAAGAUUUGAUCAACAGUGGGCAAGGCGACACGAUCGUGUCAAUAUUAAUUGAAUUCCACAAAUUUUGGGCGUACGAAAAUCGGGAAACAAUGGUGGUGGAGUCGACAAACAUCGACGAUAAUUUGCGCAUCUCCUUAGAACUUCAAUUUAUCAUUUUUUUACCAGAAUAA